CCAAAAUAGUUGAGCAUUAUAGGAAAAUGCUGUUAGCUAGAGAUUUUAGCUAGGAAAUCAAAUCCCAAAUUUUCCAAAUCCGAUUUCUCCGCCAAUUCCCCAAAAUCCCUCUCCCCAAAUUCCAAAUUGUUCCAUUUGGGGUUUCUCUUUCAGUUACCAACUUCUGUACUAUACUCCCCCUUUUUUCAGGUGAAUCCACAAUACUCUCAUUAGCUUUUAACUAGCCCACUUUGGAGCUGCUAAACUUACUGGUGUUGUUAAAAGCUAAUAUGCGCAGGUUCGUCGGCCAUGGCGAGAGGAAGAGGCCGGGGUCGUCGAAGGCCUAGGAAAGUUCCCCUGACUUCGUUUGGAAGCUCUGUUGGUGCUCAAUUGGUGGUUGACACACCAAAUCAGUCUCAUGCAGCUGCGGAAGUUACUCCAAUUCAGACUGAGGAACCAAGUGUGGAGGAUGUUGGUCCAUCUGAGAGAAGACCUGAUCUGUCGAGGAAGUUGUAUAUGAGCUCGAUUCCUUCCAAAGUCCCAAACUCAGAUCUGGUUGCAGAUCCUGUUACUGAGCAAACCAAUGGAACAGUAGCAACCCCUGUAGCUGGAAUUACUGUUGCUGCCCAAUCCAAUGGAACAGUGAAUCCAUCUGUGAAGGGUAACGAAUCACAAGAUGUAGAUCCACCUGAAGAACCAUGGGUUAAUCUAUUCAAGAAGAGUCGUGUAGCUGCAAAUGGGAAUAUGCCUAGGGGAAAAGGCCAUAAACGUAGUUUGGCAGGUCGAGGAAGCAUAGCCAACAAAGCCCGGAUAAAUUCCCAACAACUAGAAAAUAUUUCUAAGACAGAUAUUCCUGAAGCAUCAACUCCUUCAUCUCAAGGAGAUAUGCCAAGGGGAAGACGCUGUAAACGUAGUUGGGAAAGUCAGGGAGGCAUAGCCGACAGUGGUGGACAAAGUUCCCAACUACUACAAAAUAUCCCUCAGACAGAUAUUCUUGAACCAUCACUUCCUCCAUCUCAAGGAAAUAUGCCAAGGGGAAAAGGCCGUUUACGUAGUUGGGCAGAUCAAGGAGGCAUAGCUAGUAACAGUGGAAAAAGUUCCCAACAAGUACAAAAUAUCAUUCAGACAGUUAUUGCUGAACUAUCACCACCUCUUUCAUCUCAAGGAAAUAUGCCAAGUGGAAAAGGCGGUAAACGUAGUUCGGCAGAUCAAGGAGGCAUAGCUAGUAGAGGUGGAAAAAGUUGCCAACAACUACAGAAUAUCUCUCAGACAGAUAUUCGUGAACCGCCACCUCUUUCAUCUCAAGGAAAUAUGCCAUGGGGACAAGGCUGUAAACGCAGUUGGGCAGUUCGAGGAGGCACAGCUAGUAAAGGCGGAAGAAGUUCCCAACAACUACAAAAUAUCGCUGAGGCAGAUAUUCCUGAACCACUACCUGCUUCAUCUCAAGGAAAUAUGCCAAGGGGAAAAGGCCGUAAACGUAGUUGGGCAGAUCGAGGAGGCAUAGCUAAUAGAGGUGGAAAAAGUUCCCAACAAGUACAAAAUAUCAUUCAGACAGUUAUUGCUGAAUUAUCACCUCCUUCAUCUCAAGGUGUUGAUUCUUACCAAUGCGCUGUUUCAUCUACGGGGAGUGGUUUUCAACAUUCUCAAGAUGUUGAGUAUCAAGUGAUGCCUCAUGCUGCUAAAGAUGUUUCAUCUCAACAACCAGCACUUGCACAUCAAGGAACUACCGAUCCGCAGGAAAGACAACACAUUACACGUGAAAUAAGACCCUUGAGAGUAAAUGGUGAUACGUUUUUCCCACAUGACGCUGUUCGGGAUGUAACAGUAGCCUUUAAGAAAAGCUUUAAUGGUUCGUGGUAUUCUUGGAGCAAAGUUCCUGAGCUUGUACGAGAUCACUGGUUCAACGACUUUGAGAAAAAGUAUUCUUUUCGUGAUGCGGAUAAACAUUUAAUUCGGAAGACAUUUGAUCGAGUCGGGAGUGAAAGGUUGAGUGACACCUUGGCAAAAGCAAAAAAAGAAUUUGCAAAAACUUGGAAAAUACCAAAGUGGAUCAAUCAAAGUCAUUGGGAUGGCUUGAUGCAGCAUUGGAAUUCUGAUGAUUUCAAAAGAAUUUCAGCCAUCAACUCCAAGAAUAGAAUGUCAUGUAACAAUGGAGAAGGUCCAUCCUUACAUACUGGAGGAUCGGUUCCAUUUGCUGAAUACAGAAGAAGACAUAAGGAGCUAACUGGGCAAGAACUUCGAAAUGAAGAGCUAUUUCUGAAGACCCACCAGACCAAAGAUAAAGAGUGGAUCGAUGAAAAGUCACAAAGGGUGUGGGAUAUGUUUACAAAGAGUAUCAAGAAUAAUGUGGAAGGUACUUCUGCUCCUAGGGAUGAAAAUGGUGGUGAAGCAGGAGCCAUCAAUAGUGGAGAUGAUGAAACAGAAGAAGCUAAUGAAGAUAAUAUUGUAAAUCUAUUGCAAACUGUAUCAGAUAAGCAAUUACUGAAUACAUGGAUAGAUGCAGUUGGGUUACCAAAGAAGAAAGGAAAAAUAUACGGUCUUGGUUUGGAAACCGGUUUUCGAGGAGAUCCAUUGCGUGUUAGUUCUGCUUCCUCUGCUGCUCCUACUCCAACUGUCACUCCUCAACAGAUUGUUGAAACACCAGAGUUUGAGCAGAUUCUUAACCGUGUACUAGAUCAGCGAAUGGGGGAUAUGCAGGCGAGUUUGCAAGCGAGUAUUCAGACAGUUAUGCAAGAAGAGAUAGAAGUCGCGGUUCGUGCUGUCAUGAGUCGUAUGCUUGGGUUUCCAGCGCCACGAUCAAAUGGCUCUGGUUCUACUUCGGGCUUACCUUAAGAGAACAGGAGUUUAUGAUAUUGUUUUUUUCCAAGUUUGACAUGAUUUAUUUUACUUUUAUACAUCCACUUCACCUUUUAAGGAAUAAUGAUACCGUUUACUUAUAUAAAUAUAUAUCUAUAAUUUUGAUCUAGUUUAAAUGAUUC